AUGUGUGUAACACAUAUACUGGAAAAAUGCAACAAAUGUAAAGCUGGUUAUUACCCACAAACCAAUUCACCAUUUACAUGUCAACAAUGUGAUGAUACAUGUGGUAACAAAUGUGAUCAAGUAUACGGGUAUUGUACUUCGUGCAAACUUGGUUAUGUUUUAAAACUUGAUAAACAGUCUUUAAUAUGUGAGUCUUGUCAAACAUUUGACCCGAAUUGUCAGACGUGUAAAGAAAACGGAGAGAGAAAGUGUCUGACUUGUGUCAAUAAGUACAGACCCGCAAGUAACGGGACUUGCAUCAAAUGUGAUUCAACCUGUUUGGACAACUGUGAUGGAACAAGUGGAAUUUGUACUAAAUGUGUGAGUGGUUAUGUUCCUCAUAAACCGCAGCAAACAAUUUGUCAAGAAUGCACAUAUUUUGACACAAGUUCUAUAAACUGUGCAACAAACAACACCCGCACUUGUGUAAAUUGCAAGAUUCAAAUGUAUCCAUCUGCACAACAAAAUGGCGACUAA